AUGGCCCAGAGCAUGGUUUAUGCUGACCUGAGGUUUGCCAAAGUGAUGGGAGGCCGGAGCAUGGCCAGCCAGGCGCUGGAGGCAGGGCACUGGUCCCGGCGGUGCUGCAUCCCUGUGGGGCUGCUGGCAACCUGCCUGCUGCUGCUGGUGGCCACUGUGGCCCUGGGGGCUUGCUGUGAGUCGGGGGUGUGGGCACUUCUGGGGCUGGGGGUGGCUGGGCAGCACAAGGAGAGGGAGGCAGCUGUGCUGGGGGGGGUGCCGUGGCUGCGGCGUGUCAUGGGCAUCCUGGGGAAGAUGGAGAAGGAGAUGCAGGAGGUGCAAGGGAAGCUCAACAACAGCGAGAACACUGUGGCCAUCCUGCGCUCCUGCACAUCUAUAGAUUGCUGCCCUUCGGGCUGGCUGCUGUACAGGGGCAAGUGCCUCUUCAUCUCGUCGGAGAAGAAGACAUGGGAGGACAGCAGAGAUGAGUGCGAGAAGAAAUAUUCUCAGCUCCUGGUCACCAAAUCCUGGAGUCGCUGGACCGUGCCGACCUUCUUGAAGAAUGCGGACAUCCCAUACUGGAUCGGGCUGCAAAAGAGCAGCUUCCCCUGGUACGAUUAUGGCUGGCUGGAGGAAGAGGAUGGCGAGGGGGUCUCGGACGCCUGGUUCUGGGUGGAUGGCUCCCUUUACGAAAGGCCGUGGCAGUCGAAGUCGAAUGGGUCCUGUGCCAUAAUAAGCCGUGGGAACAUCAAACCUGCCCAGUGCACCAGUCCUGACGACCUGCACCUCUGGAUCUGCGAGAAGGCGGCAGGGCCAAGCUCCCCUUUCAUGCCAUGA